AUGAGGCAAAAGGAUAUUCCAAUUAUUAUGGAGGAGUCCUUAAGCCAGAAGAAAAGGCUAUCUUUGACAGUAAUCUUUUAAAACCAAAUGACACUUUGGAUAAAACACUCCUUCAAGAUACUGCUCAGUUAUUAAACAGUUGA